CUUGGAAACGAAUAGACCUGUUGCAAACCAAAGCUGUGGAAAGCAAACUUUUGGAGAAUUUCAUUCCUGGAAACAAACUACCGGAAAGCGGAUCCUGCUGAAAAACCAAACCUUUGGAUCACUGGACUAUUGUGGAAAACCGAGGAGUCUGAACAUGUCCUCCAGUAGACCACGGAUCCCGGAGGAGCACCUGCCGGAGGGAGUCGCCCCCCAGCAGGUGCUGGACAACGAUGCAGGUGGUGUAGACGACAUCAUUGGACGUCCUGCAGAAGAUGGGUUCCCUGAACUGAUCUUGGUUGUGGAUGAUGACGAAGACAACAAUCUCCCAGUCAACAUCUCAUCUGGUGAGGAAGAGGAGUUUGAGGAAGACGAUAGGGAAGUCGACGAGACCGACUCAGAAAGUGAAAUUGGUGAGGUCUGGUCUGGCGACUUCAGCAAUGAUUCAGGGUACAGCACCAUGACUUUCUCUGAAGAGUACCUUGAAGACGACCUUGAAGACGACUUUAGACCUCUGUCCCCUCUCGUCCAGCAGUUCCCACCAGAAAGCUUUUGGCAGGACUGGAAGGAUGCAUCCUUCUUUAUUGCUGGCGCACCUCUUCUUGUUGUUCCCGCUCGUAUUCCUGAUGCUGCUCCCGUUUGUGGUCCUGCCGCUGCUCCUCAGCAGCUGAUGGUCGGGCACCCGCAGGUACCCGUUCAGCCCGAGAAGCUUCCCGAGCAGCAAGUGGAACGACCUGAGGGAAGUGUACUCCCAUUUUCUGAGAGGCUGGAAGAGCAGGAGACAAUGCCCAAGUAG